UCGCUCGCCAGUUGUUGUUUUGCGUUGGAAACCAGCUGAAUCGAUAAUCUAAACAAAAGUUCAAGUCUAGUCAUCAAGAUGUGCUGCUAUCCGUGAAAAGUUGCUGAAAAGUGGAAAAAUUUCGGCCCAAUAUUCGCAUUUCCGGUGUCUGAUGGUGUAAACGGCACGUAAUUCAACCAUGAAUCGAAGCAUCAAGCAAAAGAGCGCCGGAGGCGCGAAGAACGAGUGCGUACAGGUUGUAGUUCGCUGUCGCCCACUCAACAACAAGGAACAGACUGGUAACUUUCAGACUGUGGUAGACGUUUAUCCUAGCCGUGGAGUGAUCGAGAUACUGAAUUGCAAUGAGGCCUCGCGGGAGAACAAGAAGAUGUUCACGUACGAUGCGGUGUACGAUUGGGCGUCCACCCAGCAGCAGUUGUACGAUGAAGUCGUCCGUCCGCUGGUCUACUCCGUACUGGAGGGAUUUAAUGGGUGCGUCUUUGCGUACGGUCAAACUGGAACGGGCAAGACGCACACCAUGGAAGGCAUCAAAAGCGAUGUUGACCAGAAAGGUAUCAUCCCAAGGGCGUUCGAACAGAUUUGGGCCCACAUCAAUCGAACCCAGAACAUGAACUUCCUGGUGGCCGUUUCGUACCUGGAGAUUUACAUGGAGGAACUGCGGGAUCUGCUGAAACCAAACUCGACGACGCCGUUGGAAUUGCGCGAACGAGAGGGAGGCAUCGUAGUGCCGAAUCUACACUCGGUGCUGUGCAAGAGCGUCGACGAUAUGUUGAAUGUGAUGUACAUGGGCAACAAGAACCGAACCGUUGGUUUCACCAACAUGAACGAGCACAGCUCCCGAUCGCAUGCAAUUUUCCUGAUAAAGAUCGAAAUGUGCGAAGUGGGUUCGACUCUAGUCAAGGUAGGAAAGUUGAACCUAAUCGAUCUGGCCGGUAGUGAGCGUCAAUCGAAAACUGGUGCUACGGCGGAACGCUUGAAGGAGGCUAGUAAAAUUAAUCGAGCUUUAUCCUCGCUCGGAAACGUGAUUUCAGCCCUGGCGGAGAAAUCUCCCCACGUUCCAUAUCGAGAUUCCAAGUUGACCCGCCUGCUGCAAGAUUCUCUUGGAGGAAACUCCAAGACCAUCAUGAUUGCUAAUAUCAGUCCUUCGGAGUACAAUUAUAAUGAAACUCUUACUACGCUACGGUAUGCCAACCGGGCCAAGACGAUCGAGAACAAGCCGGUGAUGAACGAAGAUCCACAGGACACGAAACUGCGCGAGUAUCAGGAGGAAAUCGCCCGUCUCCGGUUGCUCAUCUCCGAACGCAGGCAUAAGGGAAAGAAAAUGCGGAAGAAGCAAUUCUCUGGAUCGGAAGAAGAAAAUGAAGAUGAACAAGAGGAAGAAGAGGAGGAAGAGGAAGAUGAGAAAGAUAACAAGCAAGAGUUUGAAGAACUGGAUGCAAAGGCUCAAGAGGCAUUGAUGAAGGAACGUGAGGUGACGAAUACCCUGGCAUCCAAACUGAAGGAACUGGAAGGUCAAUUAGUUAAGGGUGGUAAAAACAUUCUCGACACAUAUACCGAACGACAGAUGGAGUUGGAGAAGCGGAUGGCUGAAAUCACUGAGCGCAAAAAGCGAGAGAUUGAGAUGCAGCAACAGUUAGAGCUCCAAGAGGAAUCCACCAUGGAAAUCCGAGAAACAUUCACUUCUCUUCAGCAGGAGGUCGAACUGAAGACGCGAAAGUUGAAGAAAUGCUACACCAAAUGUAUGGCACUCAAGCAGGAGCUGCAGGAUACCCGGGACGAGCAUAAUCGGGACCGCCGGGAGCUCGAAAUGACACAGAACGAGCUGAUCAAAGAAUUGAAGCGCUUACUGCUUGUUAUUGACAAUUUUGUUCCAGCCGAGGUUAAAUCGCGACUAUACACUCAGGCCAAAUAUGACGAUGAGACGGAGGAAUGGUUCCUUAACAGCAACAUGAUUCUAAGCAAUCAUCAAAUGAUGACACGACCGGUAGCGGAUCCGAACCGGAGACGCCCAAUGUCCGAGUACGCAUUACAUAUGGCUAAGUCCAGCAAACCGGAAGCGAUACGAUAUAGAGGCGAGAAUAUCAUGAACUACGAGCUGGAUAUGCCGCUGCGCACGACUUACGAGUACUCGAAUCCGAAGGUUUCUGCAUCUCUGCAGGCGGUAUUGGCGGAAGCGAUGCAAACCGAAGACGAUAUCGACAUUACCGAUCAGUCCAACUAUGCAAGUAUUAUGAAGCAGCGACUCGACAGAAUUACCCGCCGUAACGUCGUCCAGGACGCACAAGGCACUACUGGUUCCUGUCCCAAUGGGACCAUCGGAUCGAGCGCUAUUGGUUCCGCAAUAAAUGGUAUUCCACCGAGCAGCAGUGGCAGCAGUAAUAGCAACGGGAUCGGUGGUAAUCGAGCGCGAUCGUCCAUUUACAACCGCGGCAUGUCGGCUGCGCCCACCUUUGGUGCCCACUCGGGUGUUUCUGUGGCCAAGAAAGUGCCCCCGGCUAGUGCAGCCAGCUUCCCGAAAGCGCGUGGAUUGAUCCCAAAGUAGAUCCAGCGCCAAGGUGAAACUGAAGUACUCAUUUGAAUUUUGUAUCUCCCACACUUAUCCCCUCCCCCCCCCCCUCGCUAUCAUCUCACACUCACCACCCCCCUUCAUCGAGGAGUUUCGAGAUUUGUUUACGUUUAACCGUUUUGUGCUUCUUUUAUCAUUUAUUCAGGAUCAGUUGAUCGGGUUUUUGAAUGUAGGAAAAGUUUCACACGCGCGCGCUUGUAUAUUGGCUUGAGGAAAACCAAGUCGGUAAUAACCCCUCACGGAACAGGAUGACUUAUAUUAUGGCACUUACCAUUAUUACUAUUAUUUUUAAGACGGAAAAGAUUGCAUCUAAAAGUGUACAUUUAUAUACUAAAGCUAAAGAUAUGGUGUCUAUAUUUUCGUUUCGUAAGCGAAUUAUUAUGUUUUCUAGUUGUCGACAGAUUUCAACUAGCUGUAAAUAGGAUGAUUUUUUUUGUUUGUUAUAUUUUACUAGUUCAUUUUAGUCCCAACAUACAAGUAUUUUUUUUUGUUUUUGCUUUCUACGAGCAGUGUUGUAUGCACACACAAUGAUUGUAUUUAUUAUUUUGUCAAACUACUAUCGAUUGUGUUCCUUACAAGUAUAUCAAUGUGCUUGUAAAACCAUUGUUGUAUUGCGACUGAAAAUUCAUCACCACAACCACUGCAAUAAGUAUCAUUUCCUUGAGGUUGCAUUUUCUUUUUCUUAUUUCUCAUACAUUUGCAUAACCUAUUGAUACUCUCUCCUACCUUAUAAGAAGUACUUUGUGCAAUGUGGAAAUUUAUAUUCGCUCUUUAAAAGCUGGCUGAUCGGUACAAAAUUGUUGAUUGAAUAUAAGGAUAUGUGAAAAAGCAACAUGAGAUCAACAGAAACCAUAAUCCGGUGAAUUGUUGUUGUAACAGAUAUCAAAAACAAAUCCAGGACUGCCUCAAAAAACGGGAAACCGUGCUUUGUUCUCAAAAUCACCCCUACCCAUGCUUCAAUUUGUUGUCAGUAAACUGACGAACAGUUGCAAAUCUCUACUCUCCAUAGAACGCCUUCUAGCGCAACGUUGAAUAAUAAUUAGGAAAACCCGUUUAAUCGAAACGAAGCAGCGUACGAAGUGAGUCUCGAACGAUUCUGACAGAUCGACCGUGAUCUGCACGAUGAACCGUACGCUAUCCAGUGUAAUCCUAUUUGUCUGGUCUACUUUUCGAAGAAAGUGGUCCUGAUUAGAAGAUUGUUCCAUUGUUGCGUUGUUGUUGAAAAGCGUUAGCAUUCAACAUAUUUCGAUUUUGUCACGGCCAAAAAAAACAUACCCUGAAUUUGACGAAAUGAUUUCAUUUUUCUAUUUAUUAACAAUGAUGCUACAUCCCAUGAAGAAACUGGAUCGUAUUUACAACGUUGUUCCGCAAAUGAACCCGGUCCAUGCAGUUCUCAAACUCCUGUCAGCACCAAUUCGUGCCAUGUCCACCUGGUCCUACCACCUCGAUCGCUGGACAUUUCUCCUUAUUUCCACCGUAUUCGAUGCGAACAUCAUCAUUGCAGGGUUGCUGUCUGAUAAUCUCGCAACAUACCCUGCCCAUCGCACUCGUCCAACCGUGGCGACUUUCUGGAUGCAGGGUUCGCCAGUUCGUAGUUCAUUCUUCUUCUCCAUACUUCAUUUUCCUGUUCACCACCAUAUUGCGUUCGAAAACACCAAGUGCUUGUGAGUCCUCUUGGAGCAUCGUCUAUGCUUCGUGCUCACAGAAGACAACCGGUCGGGUUAGGGAUACAUGGUACAUGGUAAACUUCGUACGGGUCAGAGUUUGUUGAACGUUAGGGGUUUGGCGAACCCAUAGUAGGCGCGACUUCCAUUGACUAUGCGUCUUCGAAUUUCACGGCUGUUGUUGUUGUCAGUUAUCAACGAACCAAGGUAGACAAAUUCCUCUCUCUUGCUAGAGUUAGUCUUAGACGCAUUGAUCCCAAGCACAAUUAGCCCUGCUUCGUGUUUAAGUCGGUUGUACAAGUCUGCUACCGUCGCAUGUCUUUUUCCGAUUACAUCCACGUCGACGGCGAAGCAGAUAAACUGACUAGACUUGUUGAAAAUCGUUGAAGAACAGACAGGAGAGUCUCAAACUAUUCCGACAGAUCGCCUGAGAUCCGCACACUGCACCGCACGCCGCUCAUCGUUGCCUAAAUCAGUUUUGUCAGCUUUCGGGGAAAGCCGUGUGCGUCUUACGUAUUACGAUCCCAGUCUUCCGCAUACUAGGGAUGAUGCCACGCAUCCAUAUAUCAUUAAAUACUUGCAACAGCAAGCAUUUCGCCGCGAUUGGGAGGUGCUUUUGCAUGGGGUAGCCCAUAUCAUCUACACCACAUGCCUGACCUUUCUCUCUGCUGAGCUCUGCCAUAACGUUUUAGCUGGAAGUUCUGAAUUUAUUUCACUUAUGAGCUUCACCCAGCUAUCCAUCUUAGAUUUCCAUACACAUUUUCCAGCAACUCGCUGAGCUGUAAGGAAGAAAACCAAAGCUCCCCUCUUUCUGAGAUCGUCGUCUCUCAACCUCCUAAGUGCUCUAAGAGUUUUCCGUCUAAGACGUAUUGUCUCUUUAACUUCUACGUUCCACCAAGGAACCCUCUUUCUACCGGGCAGCCCGCUAAUGCGAGGAAUGUGCUCUGCAGCAGCACUCAACAUAAGCUUAGUCAAUUGGUCAAGAUCACGAUGCGCGGAAUCACGCACUGAGCGAUCUAUAUCGUCUCGAUACCCACCCCGGUCAGCUCCAUCGAACUUCCACCUCAGGUCAAUCACCAGGUAGCGGUCGGAAUCGAUGUUAGUGCCACGAUAGGUUCUGACAUCGAUGAUAUCCGAGAAAUGCCGACCGUCGAUCAAAACGUGUCAAUUUGUGUUUCUGUUUCCUGUGGUGAUCUCCAGGUGUAACGGUAUUGGAGGCUGUGCUGGAAGAAGGUGCUACGUAUGGCCAUGUUCUUGGAGGAAGCGAAGUCGAUAAGUCUUAUGCAGUUUUCGUUGGUUCGCUGGUGGGCGCGGAACCUACCAAUUACCGGUCUGAACACCUCCUCUUGGCCGACCAGAGCGCAAAAGUCAACGAUGACGAUUUUGAUGUCGUGUUUUGACCAGCGAUCGUAUUCACGCUCUAGCUGCGCGUAGAGUUCUUCUUUAUCGUCAUCGAUGCUAGCUAGAUGAGGGCUGUAGACGUUGAUAAUGCUGAUGUUGAAGAAGUGGCCUUGCAUCCUCAGUCUGCACAUUCUUUCGUUGAUCGGCCACCAGCCACUCACCCGUUUCUGCAUCUUUCCCAUCAGGAUAAAAGCUGUACUUAGCUCGUGUGUGUUUCCGCAACUUUGGUAGAUGGUAUAACCACUUUAAAACGAUCGUCCCAUCGAACCUUUCCAGCACAUCUGCAACGCUACCAAUAUUUUUGUUCUCAAUAUAUAUUUCUGUAAGAAUUCGAGUACCGCAAGAAAGUUAAGAAACUUGCAGAUCCAUGUUCUGAGUUUCCAAUCUCUAGUCCGUAUUCUUUGCGUGGGUCUAGUCCGAUUGUUCUGUCUCGAAUUUCUUCGUGAACUUUCCUGCGCGUUUCAUUUUUACGGAUAACCGCCUUGCAGCCAACCGCCAGUCUCGACGGAGAACCAUAGUACAUAGCUCUGUUUAAAGUCCCCGCUGGCACGGAGACAGUGAUCAGCCGUCCCUGACAUGGGGAACAGACGACUCGCUUUCCUGUCAGCACAUGAUCAUGAUCCCGCCGGGUUGGUUACCAGAUCUUCACUAUGGCUACUCGUAGCCCAAUCGCUGUAACAUCAAAACGAUAACCUUGACAGAAUCAAUCGCGACUUUGGCAAACAGUGAUAUAAACGACUAUUGAAAAAAUCGAAACAACAUUGUAUUCCCAAAUUUAUUGGCAUCAUCAGAAAAAAAACACUAUCCUGAAAUAUAAAAUAUUGGCACAAUUCCAUCAACCAACGAUUAAUCGUCAGCCAGCUUAAGAAAAUUGUCUAAAAUCGUGUAACAAAAAAUAUUGUACUCUAUUUUUCUCAUAGUAGGAUAGAAACCAUGAAAACAAUGGUUCGUUUCAUACCAGACAUUUGCAGCCAUAACAAUUUUAGGUAUAAUGAAAAGAAGGAUAUAAGAAUAGAGGCAAGCCACCGGUCGGGUAAUUUAUAGUUUACGUUGAAAAAAGAAAAAAAUGUAACAAACCAACCGAUAGUUUCGUUCGAUAUGGCAUUGCUACUGAAGGACAGAAACCACUCCAAAUCAUACGCUAUAUUCCAAAGCUUAAUAAUUCUAACAAUUGAAAGAUAGCUCAUUACUUUGUACUGCUCCGUAUUUUUUCCAAUUGGAGACCACAGAAAAACAUCCAAAAUCAUAAGUCUGAUGUUUGGAGAAAAAAAAAUCCUAGCGCCGACAUUACGAACAUGAAUGUGUAAUGCACAAUAUCACAAUAAACUCCAAUG